GCCUCCAUUGAAAAUGCACUCGGCGAAGACGCGCCAUGGCGUUUUAUAGUUGGUGGAGGGCGCUUUUAGUUCAGCGCGCACAUGCAUCCCCUGCACGCUUUCCGCGCUAGUAGUACUUUAUAGUACUAAAUCGAUGCAGCUAGCACCGGUAAUGAAGUUACAAUGAAAUGGCGAUAUAUUGGUGUACACGGUAAAGCGUGACAUGUACAUGUAUGGACGUAUUUGCUGUGUUACUGUGGCACACCUAAAGAUGUUUGAUAUAAAAAUAUCAAUUAUUCACGUUUAGGGGCGACUGUAACUUCAAAAUGACUCAGAGGAAAGUUUUCCCGCUUCAAGUGAUGAGGUCCUUCAUACAACAGUCCACGUUACCCGUGCGUCCAUUCUGUAGGAGUUGGUCUUCGGUGACCACAUCAAUGAAGAAAAUCCCCCCUGCUUGCAAAUACCGUCUUCCAAGUCUCCAAGCUACAGCACACCUACAUACAGGGCAGUCGUCGGGAGACUGUGACCAAGCGGACUAUUCCACUGAUGAUGUCAGGGUUGGUCCUCCUUGGAGGGUGAUGUUCUUUGGCUCUGACAACUUUUCGAUUUCAAGUCUGAGGGCACUGCAUAAAAACACAUAUGGAGAGAAUGAGGGUAAACUCGUCGACACUUUGCAUGUGGUAUGCCCGGAAACAAAGUAUAUCAAACGGAGGGGUAGGACGAGGGUGAUCUCACCAAUAUGGCAGUACUGCCAUGACAACGACCUGACAACUAUCCCGUGGCCAAUCAGAGGUGAGGUCAAAGGUUACGAUGUCGGUGUCCUGUCGUCCUUUGGUCACCUGGUACCCGGUCACCUGAUUGACAGUUUCCCAUAUGGAAUUGCCAACAUUCAUCCCAGCCUGUUGCCCCGAUGGAGGGGGGCUUCCCCUAUCACCCAUGCCAUCUUGGAAGGGGACAAGACGACAGGUGUCUCCAUCAUGAGGAUCAUGCCCAAGAGGUUCGAUGUAGGUCCCAUCCUCCUUCAAGAAAGCCUUGAGAUCCCAGAGAGAAGCACGACGGAAUCCUUACAAGGAAUCCUGGCCAGUAAAGGAGCAGACAUGAUUCUGCGGGUGCUUGCCGACUUGCCGGCAUUUAUUGAAAAUGGAAGAAGUCAGACAGAAAAAGGCGUUACUCUGUGCGGUAAGGUAGUUGCCAGCAUGUCCAUUAUUGAUUGGAGUCAGACUUCGUCCGAGAUUGACCGAUUACAGCGAGCCAUCGGCCACCAGUUUCCGCUUGAAACCAGUUGGCAUGGUAACCAGAUAAGACUGAGCAAAAUGGCGGAUCCCAUGGACACGGCAGCAUGGGAAAUCAAAGUGGCCAAUCCAGCAUUAGGUGAAGUGCAUUACGACAAAGCAACCCAGCAGCUAUGUGUCUGGUGCAAGGAUGGCUGGGUGGGCUUUGGUGAAGUGACCUUAAAGAAAAAGAUGACAGCGCAAGACUUCUAUAAUGGUUACUUGUCAGGAAAGGACAGAGGCCGGCAGUAUUUUGUCUGACACCAUGCUUUGAUGGCUUGACAGCUAUUUUUAAAUGAUAUCUGACUUGAAGUGGCAAGGGAAGACAACGUGACGUAUAACGUCAUUUUCAAUGGGAUUUAUUAUGUGUCUUGUCAUGAAGUGAUAAUGGGGCAGUGUAUGUAACAUCACUGGCAAUGCUCCAUGAACAUGUACCUGUUUGCUUGAAAAUCACAACUCUUGGCUUGGAUAGACGCCAUUUCAUGCAGCAAUGCACUUAAUUUGCAAAACACUUCCGACCAUGAGUAUACCACAUGAAGUUUUCUGGAGAGAUGUAUAAGUGCGAGGCUGUAACCCCCCCCCCCCCCCCCCAACAUUUUGACCAGGACAAUGGGUCAUUGGAUCGUCCCCCCCCCCCCCUUAGGUUUUUGUAGUGAGUAAUAAAAAAAAAUGACGAUUUUAAGGUUAUUUUCUAACUUUCCAACAGCCCUGAGUGCAUGAAAUACGGCACUGAAAACAAUGGAGAACAAAUAGUAGAAAAUUAUGCACCGUUUUGAUGUAAGGUUAUAAGUGUAAGCUCUCAAGUUUGCAUGAGAUGAACAUUUGUAUCAUGAACAGCGCCCCCAUGUGUCGUGUAGUUCCCCCCCCCCCCCUCCCCUUUACGAAUU